GUCGUAGAAGAAGAAGAAGCGGCUGUGAUGGCCGCAGCUGACGGCGGGGCCAAGCCCCUCCAGAGCGCCAUGAAAAUGGCUAAAGUAGCGAUACAGCUGGACGGAGAGAACAAACACAAGGACGCUUACUGUGAAUACCUCCGGACGAUCAACUUCAUUUCACACGCACUUCUGGAGGAGGCGGGUUCUCAAGCCUCGGAGGGCGGGGCCGUGGUGGAGGUGGAGCGGAUGCUGCGGCUGGCCGAGCAGUGCCUGGAGCGGUCCAAGUCCUUCGUGGGGCAGAGAGCCACGCCCCCCGACCUCCCCGCCGCCUCGUCCCGCCCACCCGGCCAAUCGGAGCCCCGGCAGCCCGCCCCCCGCCCAGCGGACGCCGUCGGCGCUCUCCCCUCGGCCGCCGCGGCGCCUCCACCGGGCGCUCCCGCUGCAGCGAGCGGGCUCCGCAGGGCGCUGUCCGAUGGCGGCGGGGAGCUCCUCCCCUUCCUGCCCCCGGAGGUCUUCCAGAGGCUGCAGACGGCGGAGCACGGCAGCACAAAGGAGCUGACGCCCAUUGAAGAAGCUUCCCGUUUGAAUCAGAAGUUAAAAGCCAAUUAUGAAGCUCGUCUGGCUCGGCUGCCCCCGGACCGGGCCCACCAGAAGACCUCUUUGACGCUGUCUCUCCAGCGGCAGAUGAUGGAAAACCUCAUCAUCGCCAAAGCCAGGCAGGAUGCUCUCCAGAGGAAGAUGGAGGAGAGAAGACUGAGGCUGCAGGAGGAGGCCAACAGGAGAUUUUCAGCAUCUGGAGCGAUGACGGCCGAGGAGCAAGAGCAGCGCAUCCUCUACACCAAUGUGCUGGAAUAUGAGCAAGACCAUGAUUGGCCCAAACUGUGGAAAGCCAACAUGAGGAAGAACCCCGAGGACGACUCGCUGGUCUCGGGUCUCGUCUGCUACCUGCUCAGCCGGGCGGACCACCCAGUGGUGAAGCUGUUGAGGAAGCACCAGUACCGGGUCUACAACCGGCUCUACCCCAUCGUCAGUAAAGCCCUCCCCCACAGCCCUUCACUGCCGCUCAGGCAUUCCUGCAGCAGCCACAACCUGCUUCAUCCAGAGACCCCGACGAGGCCGACCAGGGCCAGCAGCGUCGGCGGCCACAGCUUCACCGCGGGCCUGUCGCCCUCCCCCUCGCCCUCUCACGACCUGCACGCCGCCUCCGACGACGAGGAGGAAGGGGAGGAGCCUCACGAGCUGGCCAACGUGGAUCGGGAGAACUCGUUCGAGGACCUGGAGCACUUCCUGACCCAGUUGGACUGGGCCCCGGUCCACUGCGGCGGCGGCGCCGACCCCGGCUUUGAAUCUGAGCUGACCUUCGACCCCUCCAUGCAGCCGGAGCAGGACGAGGACAACGUGCAGCAGCUGGAGACGAGGGCGCUGACGGAGCACCUGAAGGUCGUCGUCAAGGACAUUCACAUUGCAAUCGAUCAGCUUCUGUCUCUGUGCUUGCUGUCCUUCGAGUGUCUGAACACCGCCAGCUCCAAAGACCUGGUCCUCGCCAGCAUCGAGGAGGCCUUCUUCACGCCGCUGUGGAGCGCCCUGGUGGCUCUGUUCAGGAAGGUCCACAGGGAGCGGGAGCAGGCCUUCCAGGAGGGCGUGAGGCUGUAUCGGGACGCCUCGCCCGCGGCCUUCGGCGUCCCCUUGAAACUGUUCCCCGGAGACCCCGGCGCGCUGCAGGGUUCCUACCCCUACGAGUCCGCCGUGCAGGAGCUCAAGCUGCUGCUCAGAGACUGCUGCCCGCAGAGGAAGCUGGAGUGUAUUGUUCGGACGUUGCGGCUGAUCUGUGCCUGCGCUGAGGACUACAGGUGCCUUCACCAGGUGGACUCCUCCCCCAAAACAGCCGCCAUCGGUCAACUCACAAGGUGUGUGUGUGUACGCGUGUUUGUGCGUGUCCGUCUGUCCUUAUAUGUGUGUGUAUGUGUGGGUGGUCCUGUGCACACCUUCCAGAACCCUGCAGGAGGAAAGUUUCCACUGACUCUCCCUGUUAGCCUCUGCGUCGGCGCCGACGACCUGCUGCCCAUCCUGUCCUUCGUGGCCCUGCGGUGCCAGUGUCCUCAGCUGGUGUCCGAAUGCGCCGCGCUGGAGGAGUUCAUUCACGAAGGCUAUCUGAUUGGAGAGGAGGGCUACUGCCUGACCUCCCUGCAGAGCGCCUUGGCCUACAUCGAGUCGCUGCACACGGGGGGAGCUCCUGCAGACAACAACCCCUUCUGACCAGGCCUCUGAGGUCCGAUGAGAUCCUCCUGACUCCUCCUCCCACAGGGACCAGCUGGACCGGCAGCCCCUCCCCCAGGUCAUCUAUCCAUCAGGAGGACUUCCUUUGGGCCGGACCACCUCAGAGGGUUGACUCCUGUGAGGAGGUUGAACUGUGACGCUCACUAAUGAGGGACAGGUCUGUCUUUGUCAUGACUUAACUCGGCAAGCGUAACAACAUUUUAUUAUGCUAAGUGGCCUUUUUCAUUUCAAACUUAACACAGUAGUUGCAUUUUCGUGUGUGUUUUUAAAUGUUUUCAAUUUUAAGACCACCCAAGCGAUAAAUGCAAAAUAUGAAGUCAUGCACUUUGGGUAUUGAACCACCGGGGUGAGACUACACUGGAGGACAACACAGACGAGAUGAUGUGAGACACUGGGAGAGCACAAGAACCACAAGAACCACAAGAACCACAAGAACCACAAGAACCACAAGAACCACAAGAACCACAGGAACAACAAGAACCACAGGAACCACGAGUUCAUCACGACGUGAGGCACCGAGUAGGGCAAGCACAGUAAAGGAGGUAGAACUUUAAAGGUAUAGAACUUUAAAGGUAUAGAACUUUAAAAGUUGGUAGAACUUCGAAGGUUGAUAGAACUUUAAAGGUGUAGAACUUUAAAAGUUGAUAGAACUUUAAAAGUUGGUAGAACUUUAAAGGUGUAGCACUUUAAAGGUUGAUCGAACUUUAAAGGUUGAUAGAACUUUAAUGGUGUAGCACUUUAAAGGUUGAUAGAACUUUAAAGCUUGAUAGAACUUUAAAGGUGUAGCACUUUAAAGGUGUAGAACUUUAAAGGUUGGUAGAACUUUAAAGGUGUAGAACUUUAAAAGUUGAUAGAACUUUAAAGGUGUAGAACUUUAAAGGUGUAUAACUUUAAAGGUUGGUAGAACUUUAAAGGUGUAGCACUUUAAAGGUGUGGAACUUUAAAGGUUGGUAGCACUUUAAAGGUGUAGCACUUUAAAGGUUUAUAGAACUUUAAAGGUGUAGCACUUUAAAGGUUGGUAGCACUUUAAAGGUGGAGAACUUUAAAGGUUGGUAGCACUUUAAAGGUGUAGAACUUUAAAGCUCGUGACACCGUUGCACUUUGCUAGUCCACUUUGUGAGGGAUGAACUUACUUAGUUUACUUAGUUUAUCACCAUGUCUGUUGCUUUAAGACGGUUUAGUCCCGAGGCCACGGGGAAACUUCUACAGGUUCACAUCCACAAACUGUCAAGAUCAAAGGUCAAAGGUCACCUCACUGGUUCUCUUCAGUCCUGUCCCAAAGCUUCUGUUUACAUCUCGACCCAAACUCACGACCUCUGGAGCCAAAUGGAAUAACCGCGUGUCGAUCUGAGCCUCGAACGUCUCCGAGGUCCUGGCGCCGGGCCUGACGACAGCCGAGCGGACGCUGCUGCUGCGUUUGUUUUUAAAUACUUUUUAGCCCGUUAGCUGCAGACCCGGUUCCCGAGAGGGACCGGUUCUUUGUGGUUCUGGUCUCCUCCAGUAAAGUGAUUUACGUUCCACUUGAGGGGGAAUACAGUGGCGGCUAAAAUAUGCAAAGUGUCGUGUUCCAGACUUUUCAUUCAGUGUCGUCCAGUUUUAUUAUGUUCGGUUUGUUUGUUUGAAUUUAAUAUUUAAUAUUUUCAUUUUAUUCCGCAUGGGUCCAAAAGAUGUGAAAGUGAAACUGUUGGGGGUCCCGCCCCCUGGCUCUGACUUCUGUCUGUCAUAAUAACGUAACGAUGCCGAGCCGCUGCUGCUCUGAACACAGAGUGAGAAUGAAAUGUUUACUGAGACGAGGAAUGUGAGAAACGAGUCAAUAAAGAAAUAUUUAUGUCCA